AUGUUAGAAGGCUCAAGUAGCAACAUCCACUCGUAUCAGGCACCAUGCGGCGACAGAUCAAAUACCGUGCCAAAAACUAGCAGCCGGGGCAGGAUUUACAGGAAAAGGAAAAUCCUCCUAUUUUUGGCACUAAUUUUGUUUCUUUGCGGUGUUAUUUUCAUAUCCUUCUAUUAUUCACCAAGUUUAUUGAAUACCUCUUCAUCGACUGGAAACAUCGGGAAACAGUCAAAAACGGUGCCCAUUGGGGUGUACACCAAAGCUGCCGUAUCAAGCGAGGUUGGUCUGUGUUCAACAAUUGGAAAAAACACCCUAUUGGCCGGGGGAAGUGCUGUGGAUGCCGCCAUUGCUUCCUUAGUAUGCAUAGGGGUCGUAAAUAAUUUUUCAUCUGGAAUUGGAGGGGGCGGCUUUAUCCUCAUCAGAGAACCAAAUGGGACAAGCAUAGUGAUCGAUUUUCGGGAGACAGCACCCUCUCUUGCAUAUAAAGAAAUGUUUGAAAACGAUGUAAGCCAAAUUGUUAAAGGCCCUCUAUCUAUUGCCAUUCCAGCAGAAAUAAAGGGCUUUUCAGAAGCUCACAAAAGAUUUGGAAAAUUACCGUGGAAAGAUCUCUUUUGGCCCUCAAUUAAGCUAGCAAGGGAAGGGUUUAGAGUGCCAUCGGAAUUGGCAAUGCGUUUAAAGAAAUUCGAGUCAGUUAUUCUCAACGAGGAGGGAUUAUCAAAAACAUAUACCAGAAACGGGUCCGUCUACAGCGAGGGCGAAAUCCUAAAAAGAGGAAAUCUAGCCUCGACACUUGAACUUAUCGCUGAACAGGGAGCAGAUGUGUUUUACCAUGGCCAACUAGCCAAGACUAUGGUAAAAAACCUAAGAAAAGCGGGGGCAAUUAUUAGCCUGAAGGACCUAGGAUCAUAUAACGUCGUCAUCAGGAAGCCCUUGGAAGGUUUUUAUCGCGACCGAAAAGUGAUCACUGCUGGUAUUCCUGCAAGUGGCUCCAUCGUGCUUCAAGUGCUAGGAAUUUUGGAACGCUUCAAAUUGAACCGUAAUACAGUGGAAAACAUCCAUAUACUUGUUGAGGCUUUGAAGCAUGGCUAUGCAAGCAGAUCUCUUCUUGGUGAUCCCGUUCCCCCAUUCAAAGAGCAAACGUUUCCGCCCGAAUAUUAUGACGUGCAGUUUGAGGAGAAAGAUGAUCAUGGAACUACCCAUGUGUCCGUUCUAGAUGAACACGGCAUGGCGGUAUCUUGUACAAGCACGGUAAAUCUGGAGUUUGGAAGCAAAGUGUUGGACCAUGAGACUGGAAUCCUCUUUAACAAUGAAAUGGACGACUUUUCGUUAAGUUCUUUUAAUAAUUCGUUCAUCCUGCCUCCAAACCCGCAUAACUUUAUUGGGCCUAGAAAACGGCCUGCUUCUUCUAGCAGCCCACUGAUCAUACUUGGAAGAAAUUCGUCAAAAGUGGAGGCAGUGCUUGGCGGCGCUGGCGGGUCUAGAAUCAUAUCCGCAACCAUACAGGUUAGAAUGCAACAAACCGUUAUCAAUCUUUUCGACUACAAGAUGAAUGCAGAAGAAAGUGUUUCCCACCUUCGGCUGUAUCAUCAAUACAAGCCAGACUUUGUUCGUUCUAUACCCGAUUUUCUAAUCCCAAUAGAUACCAACAUUGUUAAACAUUUGAAAUCGAGGGGCCAUAUUGUGAACAUUCUUUCUGCAUUUAAAUAUUUAUCAAUGGUACAGCUAGUAUACCGGAAUCCGGUCAAUGGAGUUAUCGAAGCCGUCUCGGAUCCCAGAAAACAAGGUGCACCCGAUGGCUACUAA